AUGACCAUCGUCUCACUGCUCCUGCUGGCUUCUCUGCUGCCACAAUUGACCUUCAGUGCUCAUGUGAAGGUGGGUAUAGUGAACGGCAUAGAGGCAAAACCCCACUCCAGACCUUACAUGGUUUCUAUUCAGUUGGAUAAGACACACAUCUGUGGUGGAUUCUUCAUUUCUGAUGAGUUUAUCUUGACUGCUGCACAUUGCUGGAACGGAUCUCAGACUCUGACAGUUGUGGUUGGUGCUCAUGACUUAAGGCUCAGUAAGAACUCAGACCGUAUUGGAGUGAAGUCCUACAUCCAACAUCCAAGCUAUAAUCGUCAUUUUCCUUGGAAUGACAUAAUGCUUUUGAGGCUACAGGAAAAAGUCUACCUAAACAAUGUUAAAUGGAUAUCAUUACCAGAGAAAGGAGAAGAUGUUGAGGCAAAUACUCACUGUAGUGUUGCAGGCUGGGGAAGAGUGGAUAUUAAUGGUCAAAUGACCAAUCGUCUAAUGGAGGCAAACGUGUAUAUAACGAAUAACACAGAAUGUCACCAAAAAUGGGGAAAUAUGUUCUCACCAAAACAGAUGAUGUGCACACAUGGCCAUGGUGGAUCUUGCAUUGGGGAUUCUGGAGGUCCUUUGGUUUGUGAAAACACUGCAGUUGGUGUCACAGCUUUUGGAUAUAAGUCACGCUGCAAUGAUCCUGAGAAACCUAAUGUGUAUAUUAAGAUUUCACCAUAUAUUCAAUGGAUCAACGACAUAAUUAGUAAUGUGCGUGAAAUGUGAGUUUUUGACAGUGUUGGGGAAUAACUAGAUACAUGUAGCAGAAUGACAGUUACUGAAAAAAAAUGUGAAAUUAGUUUAUGAAAUUACUUAUAAAAAUGUUAACAAUUACAAAGGAGGGUUCUGAGUAAUUUGAUAUUCUUCUGCAUAACCUCUUUCAAUAAAAGUAUCACUUCAUCAGUCA